AUGAUGCACAGCGCCGAAAUUGUGGACGACAACAUGGUUGUGGAGGGAUACGAAGAAAUCGCCGUCGAUGAUAUCAACGACAUGAGUGUGGGUCGUAUUUUUAUCAAAUAUCGCUGAAUUUCACCUAAAAACACAAAAAUUUCAGGAUUUGGUGGUGACGAACGAGGACGAGGAGAGCAUACAGUACGAAGAGGACCACGACGAGCAGGGUUACGGUGGAAUGCCCGUCGAUCAGUACAAUGACAUUGUACAGUACAAAAGGUCCGAAUUUCUGGAGAAAAUUACAUUUCCGACCGUUUUUCUCGCGAAAAAUUCCCCUAAAAUUCGCCUAAAAAGUUCACAUAACCGCAGAAAGUCUCAGGAGUUCUCUGGUGCCGCGAAGUGUGGAUCGCCGUCUCGACAGAAGUGCGCCGAGCCACUGGAGAGCUCGUUGCAAGUGCUUUUCGAUGGCCGACGACGGCGAGACCCUUUUGUACUACAAUCCCGAGAAUUCGGUGAACGCCGUGCCGAAAGUGGUCGUCAAAAAGGGAGAAGUACGGAGAGUUCUGGAGCGAAUUCACGAACUUAUCGGACAUCUCGGACAGAAAAGAACGUAAGCGAUUUUUCACAAAUUUUUUGGGCGCAAAAGCUCUUUCGUUUGGCAACCAUUUCCGCAACCGAUGUGGAGCACCUACAUUUUGAAAGAUUUUGAAAGAGAAAGCGUCAAAAUGCAUAAAAAAAGGGUUGCGAGUUGUGAAACGAAGCGGUUGCGAAACGUAUGAGGUGCACUAUGAAAACAAUCGAUUGAAAAAAAGUGUUCAAAAAUCGGUCUGACUAGGCACAAAUACAGUGGAACGUUUUUUGUUUUCGUAGGGUAUUAGUCAAACAACGCCGUGGCACAUCAUCAACAAAACAAGAAAAAGGAGAACAACAGUGAAUUAAUAGUUUGGCGGUGAGCGCGGUAGGUCGAACGGGUGUGUGACAGAAUAUUGGAUGCGCCUAGAAGUGAGCGCGCGCGCGUUGCGCUCUUUUGGGUGGACGACAGAGCUGGGCAAAACAUUGGCCGGCCUUGGCUGGCGGUCGGCCAAGGCUUUGGUCGGGCUAGUUGCAAGCGCGCUCCACUGCAAAAAAGCCUCCGGUACGGUAAGACCAAUGGUACGGUAAGCAAUUCGGUUCACUGAGCGGUGUUUGCACACAAAUGGAAUUAAAUGACGACAAAAUCGAAGAAAUUAUUUUAAAAGGAGAAGAAGACAUGCUUGAAAGUAGAAAAAAGGUGAAAAGAAAAUAAGUGAGUUAAAUUUCGAUAAAAUGAAAGCUGAAAAAUUUCGAAAAUUAGCAGAAGUGAAGAGAAAAAUAAAAGAGAACGAAACGAAAGAAAAUAAAAUGUAUGGGAACAACGUUAUGAAUCGAGUUAAUCGAAUUGAGCAUUUUUCUGUAAAAAUAUUUGAUCAUGAAGUGAAAAAACUUGGAAAAAAAAGAAAACCCUUUCGAAAACACGUUUUUUCUUUAUUUAAAAUUCUUUUUGUGCAAAAACCGCUCAGUGAACCGAAUUGCUUACCAUACCAUUGGCCGGCUCCCUUUUUUUGCCAGAGUUUAGUCCCAACCAAAUUAUCAUUCAUUUGGGGCUUCAAAAAUGUCCUGUUUUUCCAGACAAAUGGUGGUGCUCCGUAAAUUAUAUUGGCGAUCGGUGCGUCAGGACGUCAAAACGUUCAUCGCCUCGUGCGAUUUUUGCGCGCAAAAGAAGUUGGAAGGCCGCAAAAUCGUGAAGGCGCCGGUGGACAUUACCUCGGAGAACUUUGACAUUUCCGUGCUCGUCAGGGACACAGCGGCCGGAAACGGCGAACGGCUCGAGUUCCAUUUGGUCGGGUACAACGAGGCAGAGGUGAAGGAGGCCGCCUACACGCGCAUGACUUCCUACACUUUCAAGGAGACCGCCAACGAGUACAGGAGUCGAUACUCGAAUCCACCGCAGGUAUGGGUUUGGGGGGAGAAACAGAGCUGAACUUUCGAUCGGGACCAAACUGUGCAUAUCUCGGGACCAGAUGAUCGGAUCAGUCUGACACUUGGACCCAGAGUACUUCAAUCCAAGUCCAAGAAGCCCGCAAAGUUUGGGCCCGAUCGGAUUAUUGCCAGUGGGUCAAAAGUCCGGGACGAAAUGUGUCCAGCUCUGAUGUUUUCUAAAUUUUAUGUAAAUUUUGCAGAACGCGCAUCACCAGAACGCGCCGGCGUUUCAGACGCCUGCAUUCCGUCGUCAGCCGUACGUGAAGAAGCUGAACAGCCAGGCGGUCGGCUUCCUCGUUCCGUUUCAGCAGAGAUCCCGCACGAUGGAGCCCGAGUUCAUAGAGGUGUUCCGCGACGAGCACUACGAACAUCCGGAGAUGCUCUACGACAGUGUCGUGCCGGAAAUGGACGACGGAAUGAUGCGGACGCGCGAGGAUCCGACGACCACUGCGGAAUUGGAAAAGGCGGGCAAGGAGGAGGGCGAACAGGCGGUCCCGCAAGCCGUCACCUACAACGGACAGGUCCUUCAGUCGAAGAACUUCAAACAGGAGGAGCCCGAUGAGGUAGCCAUCUCAUUUUCCAAUCCCAUAAAAAAGCCUCUUCCAGCCAAUAAUGAUGGAGGAGAAAGUUCGCUACCAACGCCAACUCGACCCAUCGCGAGCUGGUCCCUCAUCGGCCGCAAUUUCACAAGAUCGGUACGCGUCGAAAAGAGGAAUAAUGGAAAUGGAGGACGGACGGCCGGAUUACGGUAGAAACGCAUCGCCGCAGCCGACGACGACCGCCGGAUUGGUAAAGAAGCGUAGGCGCGAGCUGCCGAGCAUCCGCGGAAUGGCCAAUCGGUUCAGUAUGGCCAUCGGAGAGUCGGAUCGCAUUGGUAGGCGAUUGUAGAGUAAAUUACACCGAGUUUUGCUUGCAGACAGCACAGAAAUGAACCACCGAUCGAAUCCGCACCUCAUCGAAUAUCAGGACCCGUCGGCGGUGCUACGCGGAGAUGCGUCCGGACUUCCGCCCGUCAUCAUGGCUCCGUCGACGAACGAUGAAGUGUGCAAAUUGCAGAUUGAGGUGCGCGCCUUCUUUGUUGUUGUAGUUUUUGGAUUUUCCACUUUACAGGCGCUCCAACGACACAUCCACCUGCAAAAGAUGCAAGAGAAAGUGCUGCAGGAGCAGUACGAGCAGUCGAUGCGAAUUCCGAUCACGCGGUACAUGCAGCAGGAAGAAGAAGUGCAAGAGGAGGAGGAGGAGGAAGAAGAAGAGCACGACGACGACGAACUGAACGUCAUCGACGACCAUCAAGUGUACCGCGAGGACCGGCGUCACAUUCAUCACCAGUGA